UCAAUUAAUAUAUUUAAUUUUUAGCGAGUCUUCAGACCUUUGCUACGAUCCCAACCUGCCUGGUUGGUGGAGUACUCGGAGAAUGGUUGGGCAGGCGAAUGAGUUGCAGAUUGAUAGGUCCUCUGUAUAUUCUGGGUAACCUGUGCAUUUCAUUCUCACCUGAUCUCAAGAUGCUUUAUUUUGGAAGAAUAGUUUGUGGUGUAGCCUCAGGACUAUCAUCUUCUCCUGCAGCGGUUUAUGUGAUAGAAAUCAGUACUCCUUUAUGGAGAACAUCGUUUAAUGCUGGACUCAGUGCUUUUUAUAUGUUUGGAACAUUUCUCACAUACUUCCUGGGGAAGUGGAUAGGAUGGAGAGCACUAUCCAGUGUAUCCUGUAUCCCUCCUCUACUGAGUACAGUUCUACUUUGUUUUAUCCCUGAGUCGCCCUCCUUCCUUCUAACAAAAGGAAGAAAUGUUGAAGGGAAGAUGGCCCUGCAAUGGUUGAGAGGAGACGAAUAUAACAUUGAAAAGGAAUAUCAGGAACUUCUCACCUCGGUUAAUAAACUGAGAAAAGACUCUAUGAAGAUUGAAGAAAAUUUUCUAAAAAAAUGUUUAAGAGAUUUGAUGUCGUUGUUGUUAAACCUGAUUCGACCUGAUGUUUGGAAACCUUUACUUAUAAUUAUUAUUAUCAUGUUUCUUCAACAGUUUACAGGUUUGGCGACGAUAUCGUUCUACGCUGUAUCUAUAAUGGAAUCAGCUGGAUCCUCUAUAGACAAGUACACUGCAACUAUCCUCUACGGUCUAGUUCGCUUACUAGCUUGCUUCUUUGGAUCUUACCUUAUAAAGAAAGCUCCAAGAAAACCUCUUUUCAUAAUUAGUUCUCUUUUGGUUUCUCUAGGAAUGGGUUUACUUGGACUCGCAGUUUAUCUCCAAGAGGUUCAAGGAGUCACAGGCUUUGCUAUAGGCCUGCUUCCGCUUUUUUCUGUAUUUAUUGUAGCAAUAUCCUACCAGGCAGGUCUAGGGCCCAUCCCCUGGUCUUAUCAAAGUGAACUGUUUCCGGUUGACCUGCGCAGCUGGAUGAGCGGUAUUUCCGGUUGUAUUUCUCAUCUUUACGUCUUCCUCACUAUUAAAACAUUUCCUUCAGUACAGUACACAUUCUCCCCCCAUGGUGCGUACUGGUUCUACGCUUGUAUUGGUUUAUUAGCAGCAAUCUUCGGAGCUACAUUUCUUCCGGAUACAAAGGGUAAAAGUUUGGCUGAAGUUUCAGAAUAUUUUACCUCCAGCUGUUGUAUUCUCAGGAAAAGAAAGAAAGGAGAAAGUACAUCUAUCUCUGAACCCGUCAUCAAUUCUCAAGAAAUAGAUUGUUUAGUUGAAAAAGUUUAAAUUGUAUAUAUUUCAAAAUAUUUAAAAAGAUAGGUUUUGUUUCGAACAUAACAAAACACGCUAGAUUUGAGGUAAAAGCUACAAAUUUAGUAACGUUGCUUUUAAUUAUGUACCAGAAGUACACAUAAUAAAUAGUUAAAUUAUGUG